AUCAUUCCAAUACCUACAACAUAAUACAAGAUGGCUAUUGCUAAGAACUUACCAAUCUUAAAGAAUCACUUCAGAAAGCACUGGCAAGAAAGAGUCAAGGUCCACUUCGACCAAGCCGGUAAGAAGGCUGGUAGAAGAACCGCCAGAUUACAAAAGAUUGCCAAAGAAUCUCCAAAGCCAGUUGACUCUUUAAAACCCGUUGUCAGAUGCCCAACUGUCAAAUACAACAGAAAAUUGAGAGCAGGUAGAGGAUUCACCUUGGCUGAAAUCAAGGCCGUUGGUUUGACUCCAAAAUACGCCAGAACCAUUGGAAUCUCUGUUGACCACAGAAGAGUUAACAGAAGUGACGAAAUCUACGACUUAAAUGUUGCCAGAUUACAAGAAUACAAGUCUAAGUUGGUGUUGUUCGACAAGAAGACCACCAAGGAAGAAAUUGCCAAAUUCGCCGAUGUUUCCAUUAAGUCCACUUUCCCAAUUGCUCAAGUGCCAGUUGAAACUGCCCCAAGAGCCGUUGAAGUACCAGAACAAAGUGCUUACAGAACCUUGAGAUUGGCCAGAUCCGACAAGAAGUACAAGGGUAUCAGAGAAAAGAGAGCUAAGGCCAAGGCUGAAGCUGAAGCUGAUAAGAAGAAGAAGUAAAUGGGGUGAAGUUUGCCUUAUUUAUACGAUAGUUCUUGUGUAGAUAUACCUUUUAAUUAAUAGUAUGGUUAUUUGAAGGGUGUAGUUAAUGUAUAUCGCAUUCUG